ACCGUACAGAGUUUCUAUUUUGAAAACGAAAAGUCUGCCGCGAGCAACGAUGAAUUGAAGGGGGCGGGGACGAGGACGAGACGAGGGGUGUUAUGUGGCCACUGAAAAGCCGGUGUCGGACCGCCUGUGCUGCGGCUGCGAAGUCGACGCUCGCCUUGUCGGAGAAGAAAUGGGACGCCGUUGUCAUUGGUGGUGGCCACAACGGCCUCACAGCCGCUGCGUACCUUGCACGCUCCGGCUUAUCAGUAGCUGUUCUUGAGCGCCGCCAUGUCAUUGGUGGCGCCGCCGUCACCGAGGAAAUCAUCCCUGGUUUCAAGUUCUCCCGUUGCAGCUAUCUCCAAAGCCUCCUUCGUCCGGCAGUUGUGAAGGAACUGGAGUUAGCGAAGCAUGGACUGAAGUUGUUGAAGAGGAAUCCAUCGUCUUUCACUCCAUGUCUCGACGGACGUUAUCUUCUGCUUGGUCCUGAUAAGGAGUUGACCAAAUCUGAGAUUUGUAAGUUUUCCAAAGGUGAUGCCGAGGCUUACCCGAGGUAUGAGAAUCUUUUAGAGAACUUCUGUAAAUUCAUGGAACCACUUCUGGAUUCAGUUCCUCCUGAAAAGUUGCAAAAAGCUUCAUCUUUAAAUCAUCGAAUGAAGGAUAAUAUGUACAAGUCCAUGUUUUGGGCUCAGUUGCUGCAAAGAGCGGCUUCCAUGGGGCACAAAGAACUUCUGGAUUUUAUGGAUCUUCUGUUGUCCCCUGCUUCAAAGGUUUUGAACAAUUGGUUUGAGUCUGAUGUCCUGAAGGCAACACUUGGAACGGAUGCAAUUAUAGGAUCCACGGGUAGUGUAAAGACACCUGGUAGUGGAUAUGUCUUGCUACAUCAUGUGAUGGGGGAAACAGAUGGGGACCGUGGAAUUUGGUCUUAUGUUGAAGGUGGCAUGGGGUCCGUGUCUUUGGCCAUUUCUAAUGCUGCUAGGGAAGCUGGUGCUACAAUAAUGACCAAUGUUGAAGUAUCAAAAUUGAUUAUUGAUGAUUCAGGCAGAGUGUCUGGGGUUUUAUUGGCUAACGAUAUGCAAGUGCAUUCUUCUGUUGUUUUGUCAAAUGCAACCCCAUACAAAACAUUCACAGAAUUCCUGCCACAAGACGUUGUCCCUGAUGAUUUUCUCCAAGCUAUCAAGAACACUGAUUAUAGCUCUGCAACUACAAAAAUCAACUUGGCUGUUGACAAAUUGCCACAGUUUCAUUGCUGCAAAUUGAACGGUGGUGAUGCUGGUCCUCAGCAUAUGGGUACCAUUCACAUUGGUUCAGAGAGUUUGGAGGAGAUUGAUUCUGCCUGUCAGGAUUCUGUAAAUGGUAUACCAUCUAGAAGACCUGUAAUCGAAAUGACAAUUCCUUCUGCAUUGGACAAGACUAUUUCUCCGCCGGGGAAGCAUGUCAUUAACCUCUUUGUUCAGUACACACCUUACAAACCUGCUGACGGCAGCUGGGAGGAUCCUGAAUACAGAGAAUCCUUUGCUCAAAGAUGCUUCAACUUAAUUGAGGAAUAUGCCCCUGGCUUUAGCUCAUCAGUCAUCGGCUAUGAUAUGUUAACUCCACCAGAUCUUGAAAGAGAGAUUGGUUUGACAGGAGGAAACAUCUUUCAUGGAGCCAUGGGAUUGGAUUCCUUGUUUCUGAUGCGGCCAGUGAAAGGAUGGUCAAGCUAUCGGACACCAUUACAGGGUCUUUAUCUAUGUGGGAGCGGAACACAUCCCGGGGGCGGUGUAAUGGGUGCUCCCGGGCGCAAUGCUGCACACGUGGUGAUUGAAGAUAUUAAGAAACAUUGAUGUAAUAAUCAUGUAUACUUUUGAUCACCAAACAAUGACUAAGGUAAGUAUCUCAUGGGCUCGUACUUUGUCUACCAUGGAAACAUUCGAGAAAAGUUCUUACUUCCUUCCUAUGCAAUCGCCUGAACUAUU